AUGCACUUUGCCUGGUCCCAAGCACCGUGACGCGGUAACAGUUUAGAAGUAUAGCGGUUAGCAAGUAUUUGUUCACGCUUCACACUUCCCAUCCGCGCCCUAAUUGCUUCUGAGGGCGAUCAUUACAGAACGGCUGUAAAUCUCUUCAACCAUUAAUAGGCAGGAUGGUGCUCCUCCAUAUGAAGCGAUCGGACCUAGACCAGUUUCUGUUCGAAACAACAAUUAACUCGACGGUCGAGGAGACGACGCGGCAGCUGGCGGAUGUGCACAACCUCCGUCAUCGAAUUGAGCGAUUAAAAGCGGAGGGCGAGGAGUUGGCUAAAUACGGCCCAGCAAAACGACCAGACCAGCAAGGCAUUGACCAGUAUCAAGAAACCCCUGUCGAAAAGGGGCCACACUACAACAUGGACCCCACGGGCCGGCGGACAGGCAACGCCUGCGAUCCGGAGGUGGCGAAGGUGCUGGUGCGGACACUAGAGGAAGCAGCAGCGGUGGCGCACAAGAGCCAGGUGGAGCGCAAGGUGCCGCUCACCGCCCGGGCGCUGCAGGAGGCGGUUGACAACGUGCGCGGCGCCGUCAUGAUCUGCUACCCCGCGGGGCUGCCCGAGUGGGACCCUGUGCGGCAGGGGCUGGAGGGGCGCGAGGAGCUGGCGGGCACGUCGUACGCCGCGGACGACCUGCCUGUCGAGACCGCCACGCUGUGGUUCGCGGGCAAGCAGAUGCAGCCGGAGAAGCGGCUCAGCGAGUACCUGGGGCGCCACGAGAAGACGCGGGCGGUGGUGAAGCUGCAGAAGAAGGGGCAGGGCGCACCCGCGCGGGAGCCGGUGGUGGACCAGGACACCCAGAAGGCCAUGAUGGCCUGGUACUACAAGAAACAGGAGGAGCAGAAGCAACUCGCGGAGGACGAGGACGACUCCUACACCAACUCCUCCUGGGCCAACCCCAAGUCACUCAAGGCGCACUUCUCGGGCGUGCAGAGCGUGCGGCUGCCCAAGUAAACGGCUGCUGAUGCACCCGCGGCUGGGAUGCCGUUCCGCUCCGAAUCUCCGCGAACCCUGUGCACUUGGAACGCAUGACUACGUGGGGCUCCGGUGUGUACAUCGAGAGCGGCGUGAAAGGGGGGGUAGGGGCCACCCAGUAGCUCCACUCCGGGAAGUGUGAAGCGGUGCCUCGUGCUGUGAAGCUGUGUUACCAUGGGGCCAACUACCAUACUGUCAUCCUGUCCUGUCCAAGUGCCGUCCUGUCAGGCAGCGCUUCACGUUCCGAUAUUCAGAGCCCAACAGCGAGCAUGUGUGCAGCGAGCGAGGUAUAGCGAUGGCAGCUUGAGGCCCAGAUGAAGAUUGAUGUGAUGUGAUGUUCCAUGGUGGGGGCCCUAUUAGGGCUGUCACAAACCAUGUAAGGCCUAAACGAGCCG